AUGGGAAAGAAAACACCAGGAUCAGCAACAGAUGCGACAGUCUUUGCUGGGACACUACUGCGGCCACAGCACGUGAGGCUGGAGGCACAGAACUUCCAUGUCUCACUGCGCUGGGAGCCAGACCCCAGCUCACCCAGCUAUGCCACGUACGAGGUGGAGUGGAGAAACAGAGCCUCAAACUGGACAAAGGCAGGUGCCUGCAGGGGGAACAGCAGAAGCUCCUGGGUGUGUGAGCUGUAUUUUGACAGGAUUCACGAUAUCUACUGGGCACGGGUGAGAGCGGUGGCCGGAGGUGACCAGUCUGAGUGGGCCAGUUCCAGCGAGCUGCAGCUGUACAGAGACAGUAAGGACCAGGGAGCUCCUUCAGCAAUUGUUGGCCCCCCCAAGUUGUCCUGGCUGCUCCAGGAUGAAAUCCUCAGUGUAAACAUCAUCACGCCACCCACUCCCUACCGGAGAAGGACUGGUUCCUACAAGCCAGUUGAUCAGGUGCUGUUGAAGCUGUGGUAUUGGCUGCAUCUGUACGAGGGGGACCUGCUUGUCCAGCAGGUGCCCUGCAAACGGAGCAGCGAGGAAGCACCUUGCACCUUUGGGCACCUGAGGCCCAGCACACAGUACUGUGUCCGGACAGUGGCUGCAGACAUGGCCAGGGAGCGGAGCCGGGAGGCUGAGCAGUGCCUGGUGACUCCAGCAGGCCCUGCAGCAGGUUUUCCGUGGGUCCUUGCCAUGCUGAGUGCCUUCUUUCUGCUGUUGCUACUGAGUGUGGCUGGGCUCUGCUUCAUCCAGUUGCAUGUCUUCCCCAGCCCGCCGGAGACAUGCCUCCCAAAAGCACUGGCUCUCCAGAGCAGCGAGCCAAAUGUGGCCUUAUGGGUGUCUCCCCUCGAGCUGGAAGAGCACCCACUUGUCCUACUCCUGCAGACUGUGCUUCUCUCCCACGGGCCAUCCACAGAUGGGCAGGCAUCAGCCACGGUCCCACAGCUCCUCCGAGGCCUUGCCCAGGAUGUGAGGGGCUACUGUGCCAAUGGGUUUGGCCCAGACUGCCCUGAGGGAAGGGACCCAUCAUGCACCCACAGCCAGCUGGGACAUGCCUUGGAUUCCCAGGUCCCAUCACAGCUGGAGAAGGAUGGGGAGGCAGGUGAUGGGGAUGAUGUGCCAGAGCAGCUGGUGCCAGUGGGACUGGCUGGAAGCCGCUACAUAGGUGACAGGGACAGCCAGGUACCUGAGAUAUGGCUCCCCCUGCACCUUCAGCUUUAUUCUAAAUGCCAGUGUCCAGCCCUGGGAGCAGACAGCCACCUUCCUCUGCCCGUGCUGAGCAGAAGCUGCAGCCAGGAGUACCUGCAGAAGAGUCUCGACACGGAUGGGUGCUGGGUCCAGCUCAGCUCUGUGAAGCUCCCAGCCAGUGUGGAGGAGGGAGGGCAGCUCCUCUGUGCUCCCCAACCCCUGCUCGGUGGCAGAACCGAGCCACAGCCAAGUGACAGCGCCGUGCAGCGAGACUACUCGGAGCAGGCAGAGCUGGGUGUCCCCAGCCCCUGCCAGCUGCCCCCCUCGCCCCUCAGCGUCCUGCAGGCAGCUGCCUUCUCCGGCUACGAGCCACGGCCCCAUCUCGCAGUGAGCCAUAGCGAGCGGGGGCACCCUGGCAGCCUCCAGCUCCCAGCAGAGCCCAAGGUGCCUCCCCGGCCCUGACGGCUGCCUGUCCCAACCUGUUGGUGCCAGGCUCGGGAUGGGACUGGGGCAGGCUCCCACAGGCAGGCAGAGGCAUAUUCCACGCAUGGCCGCCAAGGAUGGGCGGAAUCCAGAACUUUCCUCUGGGGGUUUGGUGCUCUUGAGCCAAAGCAAAAGGAGCAUGGACCAAAGCUGAACCAAAAAAACUUUUACCUAUUUAUCUGUGUGUAUGUGUGAUACAGUAUCUAUAUUAAUGCAAAUUUAUGUAAUGUUCAUAUAUACAUAUAUAUUUAUAAAGGUCUUUAAUGGAAGAAUAUUGGGAGUUUUUAUUUCUGUGGAAA